GCCAAAUUCAAACACGCCGCCAUCUUGUUCGGACUUGGAGUGGCAACUUUUUCUUAGGGCCGGGGUUGGGGUUUACGUUUUUUAGGAGUGUGAACGUCAUGGCACCUGGUGUCAAAGACAGUUUACGGGCUGUAACACCAUCACAGUCUAACCAAGUAAGCAAUGAGGGCGAUGUCAUCAAAGUUUUUAUAAGAGUCCGUCCCCCUACUGAGGGGCCCGUACUAAAUGAUGGGGAGCACCCCGGCUUGUGCUUAUCAGUGCUCACUUCCAAUACCCUCCGUCUGCAUUCUAAACCUGAGCCUAAGAUCUUCACAUUUGAUCAUAUUGCAGAUAUGGACACCACUCAGGAGUCGGUGUUCUCGACUGUGGCCAAAAGCAUUGUUGAAUCUUGCAUGAAUGGUUACAAUGGUACCAUCUUUGCAUAUGGACAAACUGGCUCAGGAAAAACAUUUACUAUGAUGGGACCAUCUGAAUCUGAUAAUUUCACUCAUAACCUUAGAGGAGUAAUUCCCAGAAGCUUCGAAUAUCUCUUCUUUUUAAUUGAACGUGAAAAGGAGAAGGCUGGUGCCGGAAAGACUUUCCUUUGUAAGUGCUCAUUCAUUGAAAUUUACAACGAGCAGAUAUUUGAUCUCUUGGAUUCUGCCUCCGCUGGGCUCUUAUUAAGGGAACACAUCAAGAAGGGCGUCUGUGUUGUUGGUGCUGUUGAACAGGUGGUAACAUCUGCUGCUGAAGCCUAUCAGGUACUAUCUGGGGGAUGGCGAAAUAGACGUGUGGCGGCUACAUCAAUGAAUAGAGAGUCUUCCAGGUCUCAUGCCGUCUUCACAAUUACAGUAGAGUCAAUGGAGAAAAACAAGGAUGUUGUGAAUAUUCGGUCCUCCCAGCUCAACCUGGUAGACUUGGCUGGAUCUGAAAGACAAAAAGAUACACAUACAGAAGGUUUGAGAUUGAAGGAAGCAGGUAAUAUCAAUCGAUCAUUGAGCUGCCUGGGUCAAGUGAUUACAGCACUUGUAGAUGUCGGUAAUGGAAAACAGAGACAUGUGUGCUACAGGGACUCCAAACUUACUUUCUUACUUCGGGAUUCUCUUGGUGGUAAUGCCAAAACAGCCAUCAUCGCAAAUGUCCACCCUGGAUCCAAGUGUUUUGGAGAAACUCUCUCAACUCUCAACUUUGCUCAGAGAGCUAAGCUGAUUAAAAACAAGGCCGUGAUAAAUGAAGACAUGCAAGGAAACGUGAGCCAGCUUCAAGCUGAAGUGAAAAAGCUCAAAGAACAGCUCGCUAACCUGGCCGUGGGCACCUGUGCUGUCCCAGAUGAAGAAAAUAUUAAUUACUUGAACUGUUUUCGGGAGGCAAUGUUAUUCUUCAAGAAAUCUGAACAUGAAAAGAAGGCUUUAUUAGAAAAAGUUGCACAGUUGGAAGAUCUCAGUGUCAAGAAGGAAAAAUUCAUUCAGUCCCAUAAAAUGAUCGUUAAAUUUCGGGACGAUCAUAUAAUGCGCUUAGAAAAACUCCAAAAAGAAGCAAGGGGCAGUUUUCUGCCCAAAGAACAGGAUGAGCUGCUCCAUGAAUUAAGGGAAGAGAUACAGACUCUUCGAGAACAGAUCGAGCAGCACCCUCGUAUUGUGAAGUAUGCCAUGGAAAACCACUCCCUCAGGGAGGAGAACAAGCGACUUCGGUCCUUGGAGUCUGUGAAAAGAGUUCAAGAAAUGGAUGUGCAGACCAUUGCGAAAUUAGAGCAAGCUUUCUUAGAGAUUUCUGGCACAGAGAAAAAUGAUAAAGAUCAGCAAGGACACCCUCUGAUGACCUCCUCAGAGUCUAGCUCAUCAGCAUCAGUAGAGAAGCUAAGAGCACAACUUCUACAAACCCAGGGUGAAUUGAGUAAUUCGAAGCAAGAAUAUGAAGAAUUCAAAGAGCUCACCAGGAAGAAGCAGCUGGAACUAGAGUCAGAGCUUCAAUCCCUGCGCAAAGCAAACCGGAGCUUGGAGAGAAUCUUAGAAGCCACCAAAGUGUCCAAGCGCCAGGAAGUAUCUCAGCUGAAUAAGAUGCAUGCAGAGACGCUGAAGAUCAUUACUACUCCAACUAAGGCUUAUCAGCUUCGUUCUCGAUUAGUACCUCGACUAAGCCCUGAAAUCCUGAACUUCAACUCCACGGACACUCAGCACAAAAAUGACUUGGAUGCCAAUAUAUCCAAUGAGCCAGUUCCUCCAGAGAUGAAUGAGCAAGCCUGUGCAGCCAUUUCUGAGGAACUCAAAGCAGUGCAGGAACAGUUGAAUGUUCUUCAUACAAAGCUGGAUGAAGAAGAAAGUAAAAACAUGAAGCUUCAACAGCAUAUUGACAAAUUAGAGCAUCAUUCCACACAAACACAGGAGCUCUUCUCUUCAGAAAGAACUGAUUGGCAUAAACAGCAGCAAGAGUAUCUCGAACAAUUGAGUUCCCUUGAAAAACAGCUCCAAGAUGCUCACAGCAAGAAUGAGUUCAUGACAAGUGAAAUACGAGACCUGCGUAUAGUCCUUCAGUCUGCAGACAAGGAGCUGUCUUCAGUGAAAUUGGAAUGCAGUUCAUUAAGAGAAAAUCAGGAAAAGGAGCUCAGUCAACUUUCCCAAAAACACAUGGAUGUACAGCUCCAACUAGAUAAUGUCAGACUAGAGCAUGAAAAGGUGCUUGAAACCAAAGCCUGCCUGCAGGACUCCUAUGACAACCUUCAAGAAGUGAUGAAGUUUGAGACCGAUCAGCUUUCCAAGGAGCUCCAGGACAGCCAAGAAGCAAAUGAGACCCUGCGAGCCGAACUCAGCAAUUUGUUGGAGCUUUUAGAAACAGAAAAGGAACGUAACAAUAAGCUGCUAUCACAGUUGGAAGAAGACAAAGAAAAUAAUUCCAAGAAAUUCUUAGAAGUUCUUGAUUCGGUACAACAGGAGAAACAGACAGAGAUUGCGAAGUGUGAACAACAGACAGCAAAAAUAGAGAAAUUAGAAGAGAGCUUGUCAGCAACUGAGAAGACCAUUGCUUCUCUGGAAAAGGCCAAGGCUGCUGACCAGGAAGUCAUGGCUGAUCUCAUGAAUCAGAUCCAGGACCUGAGAGCAUCUGUUAGUCAGAAAAAUGGGAGCAUAGAUAUGUUAACAAGAGAACUAGAAGACAUUACAUUCAAAUAUAACUCUACCUUGACUGAAAAAGAUGACUGUAAAGCAGAUUUAAAGAAACAAGAAGAACAGAUUAUACAACUGAAACAAGCCCUUAAUUCGAGAAAAUUGUCUGAUGAUAUCGAGAGAGACAUGUUGUGUGAAGAUCUGGCUCAUGCCACUGACCAGCUAAACAAAUUAACAGAAGCCUCUAAAAAGCAUUCUGUGUUGCUUCAGUCUGCCCAGGAAGAGCUAGAAAAGAAAGAAGCCUUCAUUCAGGAACUUCAGGAACAGCUAACUCAGAAAGCUAAAGAAUUGGAACAGAGGAAGAAUGCGUAUAGUUUGAAAAUGAGACACCUAGAGUGUGUGAUGGAUUCUGCCUCUGUAUUCCCACAGAGUCCUAAAACCCCACCUAGUUUUCAAGCAAAUCUGGCAAAGCUCCUAGAAACACAAGAACAAGAAAUAGAAGACCGAAGGGCCUCCACAGUCUCCUUGCAGCAUCUUGUAACAAAAUUGAACGAAGAGAGAGACGUCAAAAACAUUGAAAUCCUUAGGAUGAAGGGACAGUUAUAUGAAUUAGAAAACACACGCUUAGAAGUACAGCAGUUAACAGAGAGAAAUCAAAGCCUGCAGAGCCAACUUGACAACAUUAAGAAGCAAAAUAAAAACAGUGACUGGAAAUCUCCAGAUAUUCAUCAGCUGAAAAAAGAACAAGAAAAGGAAAUUGCUGAAGAAAGACUCGCUAAGAAUAAAGCAGUUGAAGAAAUGCUGAGAAUAAAAGCAGAAUUAAAAGAAGUCAAAGAUGUCCUUACAGGCAAAGAGACUGACUGGCUUAAAAUGAUGGAAGAAUUAGAACGAACAAGAACUCUGGAAUCAAAAGCCUUCCAGGAAAAGGAAGAAUUGAGAUCCAAGCUGGAAGAAAUUUAUGAAGAAAAAGACAAAAUUUUACAGGAGACAAACAUGCUAAGGAAGCAAGUGGAGUUUCUUGCAGAAGAAAAUGGAAAAUUAGUAGGUCACAAAAAUCCAAACCAGAAGAUUCAGUACCUGGUGAAACUGAAGAAAGACAACGCCAGACUCACUGAAGAAGCUGAAAAAUUACGUGUUGAAAAUGUCUUCUUAAAAGAAAGCAGAAAAUAUGACAUUUGUUGAGAUUCGGGUCAAGUACCCUAAAAGUCAUCGUUAUGGAGAGGAGUCUGUUUCCUUUGUCAUAAAAAAUGAAGUCUUUUUUUCUCUUUUUGUCGUGACUUAUUCAAGAGACAUCGUUGUUAUAGUGGCAGCUCAAAUUAUAAUGGAACAUUUUGUCUCCCUUUAAUUCGCAGCCUUCUGUUGCCAUUCCAUUUCCCACAUCUCAAGGUUGCUGGAAAAUACCUUCCAGCUGCAAGUGCGGAGAUGGGUGCUUGAUUGUUGGGUUGGUUUGUUUUUUGCAUUUUGAACAUAAAGCCCAGCCUGUAACUGUGGUUUACAGGAGGAUUCUGGUGCUACCCAUUCUUGUCGUUUGAACUUGAGGCUCCUGGUAUGCAGCUUGUAGGAGUCACUUCCAAUGUGCCUCAGGAUCACUAAGCUGUAUUUCUUGCCAUUGUUCUUCUCUUUUAUAUAGUAUUUGUCCUAUGAAUGUUCAGAAGCAGCUUCUCUUGUGACUUAUUUUAACAUCAUCUUCUGUUUUUAGAGACUCUGGUGUUGUUGGGCACGUUUGCCAUGAGGAUAGAAUGAUACGAGUUUUAAUACUCUGUCAUCUGUUGAGCAGAAAAUACUUGUUCUAGCACUAUGUACUAGCAAAGGUAUAUCUGGUAGAAAUAAUAAAUAAGAUAUUGGAAAUGUUUAUACUUUUCUCAAUUAUCUGGGAAUAAACUCAUUUCAAAGAUUGUAUCUUAAUAACAGCUUAGAGAAUGGGGAAAAAAUGGUAUCCUACCCCAAAAUCCAGAAUUUUGCCUUUUAAAGAAUAAUUUCUCACAUGUGAAUUAGAACCACUUGAUGGAUCCUCUGAUUUAAUGUAGAAAUAAGUUUCCUGAGACAGAAUAACUUUUAUUUCUUCCCUUUGGGCUACGUUGUUCUGUCAUCUUUUCUUUUGAAUAGAAAAUAUCUUUGAUUUUCUGGCUUGGUCCAAUUAUAGGUCUCUUAUUGAGGCUCAUGAUAUUGUUUUCCUCAAACAUUCCUAUACUUCUGUGAUUCGUGUGGUAACUGUGAAAUGUAAUCCGAGAUCUGGAGUGACGGUCGCAUUCAUCCUACCACCUCUUAUCUGGACAGAGCUUUAAAGGGGCAUGGCAAAUUCUAGGUUGGGGCUUAUGGCUCUCCCUCUAGCCUGGAGCAGACCUUUGGAGAUUUUCUAGUUUCACUCCCCUGGGCAGGUAUAUGGGUCUGCAAUGACAUAGACAUUACAAAGCCAAGCAUGAGUGUUCCAAAGAAUCAGUUCCUCUGGAUUUACCCUAUUCGUCCUUAAGCUGUGGUGCUGAAGUCCCAAUGAUCAGGUGUUGGACCUCUUGCCAAGCUCAUCAGGGAAAGACAACACAGACCCCAGACUUAGCUACUGGCCCAAAAGUGGAAAGACAGAAAACCAGGAAAGAGUAUCUACCUUUAGCAGCUGACGAAAAGAACAAUGAAAUACUUCUUUAAGGGAUACCAACAGAUUCCUCAUUUCUGUUUGUUUUACGUCUUUUAGAUGAUGAUUGUUCCAAAAUCUCAGGUUAGAACUGAAAAUAAAGUUUGUAUCAAGGAAUUUUGUAAUGAUUUUGUUGUCAUGCUUCUUACUUCUCAAGCACGUGCAGUUUGCAUGGCUGUGGAUAAUUACAAGAUGGAUGAAAGCUCAAUAUUUAGCAA